UCCAUCCCCGUAUUUCCUUGUGAACUCGCGAACAGAACGGACACGUUGUUCAUAGGUGAUUCGAAUCGACAAUUUUUUUUCUUUCCAAUUUUUCUCUUGUGGGAAUUUCCAAGGAUUUUUGACUGGCUGCAUCGCACAUCACUGUCCUGAACCAUGGCACCGAAUCUCUUUGGCAGUUCGGCGACCCUCUUUCUCGAGGCCUCGCAGAAUGCUGAAGCGAGUAAACAAACGACUGAAUUGGAAAAUUUAUCGAAAACCCCAGUAGAAAAACCACAGAAACAAUCAAAAUACAAAUGGCGAAUUGUCUGGAGAAAUGUCAUAGCCUUCGUGUACCUCCACGUUGCAGCACUGUACGGAGCUUACCUAUUGUUCUUCAAAGGAAAAUUAUUAACAUUUAUUAUGUUUUGGGCAGUGGCGAUAUCCUCAGCAGUUGGAAUAACAGCUGGUGCUCACAGGCUGUGGGCGCACAGAGCAUACAAAGCAAAAUGGCCUAUGAGGCUGCUCCUGAUGGUCUUCCAAACCCUCGCCUUCCAGAAUCACAUUUACGAGUGGGUGAGAGAUCACCGAGUCCACCACAAAUUCACCGACACCGAUGCUGAUCCUCACAACGCAAAGCGAGGCUUCUUCUUCUCCCACAUGGGUUGGCUCUUAAUUCGCAAACAUCCAGACGUGAUAAACAAAGGAAAAACCGUGGACAUGAGUGAUCUCGAUGCUGAUCCAAUAGUCGUCUGGCAGAGAAGGCUCUACCUCCUUCUCAUGCCCCUGAUAUGCUUUCUCAUACCCACAUGGAUACCAAUAUACUUUUGGAACGAGAGGCCAAUGUACUCCUGGUACAUAACAGUCUUCAGAUACACAUUAUCAUUGAAUCUCACCUGGCUUGUCAAUUCAGCCGCACACAUUUGGGGUACAAAGCCAUACGACAAAUCCAUAAGCCCAACUGACAAUCUCAAGAUAGCACUUGGCGCAUUUGGCGAAGGCUGGCACAAUUAUCAUCACGUUUUUCCUUGGGAUUACAAAGCUGCUGAGCUUGGUGAUUAUCGUGGCAAUUUUACAACUGGUUUCAUUGACUUUUUCGCUUCAAUUGGACAAGCCUAUGACCUCAAGACAGUGCCAAUCUCGAUGAUUGAAAAACGUGCUGCUAGAACUGGUGAUGGUACAAGAGUACAGCAGAAUAAUAAUCAUGAGCAUUCGCACGAGGGGGCUAUAUGGGGAUGGGGUGACGCUGAUAUGUCACCUGAGGAGAUACAGGAUGUGGAGAUCAGUAACAAGAGUGACUAAAAUGAUGAUAAAUAUGAACUCGAGUGAAUUGACUACUUAAUCGCGCUAUCGAGUGACUUUUUUUCCUCAUCAUUCAGCCAAUUCGCCCAGAAAUGAAUGGCCAAUGACGAAAAUUCGCGUGAUUUUUUUUAACGAGACUUUGUGGUGAUACAUCAAUCAUCGAAUUUUAUACGUUACUAAAGGUAAUAGAUGUACGUUAACUACGGGUUCGAUUGCUUCAAAGUUCGUCGGUCUUCCGUUAAUACGUAAUCACAUAUUGUUUCGCUUGUAUGAUUAAUUUUUUUUGUACAACUGUUGGUGAAAUGCUGUCAAGAUAAUUGACACGACAGCACAAGACUAAGAUGAAGUAGAAAUACAUAGUAUCUUCGAGUAUCGCUGAGAGCUCAGCUCAUGAACUAUUUUGUUUUUAUUUUCAAGGACUAGUUACUUUCUUCUCUCCCUUUAAAUUGACAUUUCAAGGAGAGAGAGAGAGAGAGAGAGAGAGAGAGAGAGAGAGGGGGUAGACAAUAAUUAUUUAGUGGUCUAUUCCAACACAUUCAGUUUCUCCUCGCACAUAGGCCCCAUUUAUCUUAAUAUUUACAUUGUAUUUAUGAAUAAAUUAUUAUUACGACCAAAA